AUGAGGAAGGUUUUGUGCGUGGAGCCCGUCAUUUUCAUCUACAUGUUUGCCUCUUCCCUGACGAGCCCGCUGGCGCAGCAGUUCAUCUACCGGCGGCUGUGGGAGGAGGAGUACAACUCCACUUUCCUCAGCGAUGGCAACGCCACUUACUGCGAGCAGAAUAAAAGCAGCCCCGCUUACAUCAAGCAGAAGGAAGUUCAAGAAAAAGCUUCUGUUUUUAAUAUGCAGUUGGACUUAACUGGGGCAGUUCCCAGCCUUAUAGUUGCCUUUGUCAUUGUAGCUAAUGGCGAUCGCCAGGGACGCAAAAGGUCUUUAGUUUUACCAUCAAUGGGAGCUUUGAUUGCUGAUAUUUGCCUCACUGCCAUAUCAUAUUUUUCCUUGUCACUCUCUAUCCUAUUUGCGGUUGCAUUUAUUACUGGACUGUUUGGGAGUAUGGCAACUUUCCUUGGAGGAGGCUUUGCUUUUAUAGCAGACAUAUGUCAUGAUGAGAAGCAGAAGACAACGCGAAUAGCUGUGGUGGAUUUGAUUUUUGGAGUUGUAUCUGGAUUGGCAGGACUGUCAUCUGGUUACUUUCUAAGAGGAAUAGGCUUUACGUGGACAUUUGUGACAGCAUCUCUGCUUCAUGUUGUUAAUAUUACCUAUAUUAUAUUUUUUCUGGAAGAUACAGUAAAUAUAUCUGAGUUCCAGCACCAGGCACCAGUAUCUUGUAAAGAACUUCUGAGAGAGACAUUUUCUGGAGUGUACAUGCUUUUUAAAACUGCCCCUUAUAAAAAGAGAAUGUUAAUCGUUGUGUUACUUUUUACAUUUAUGACUUAUUUGUUUACUAUGGUUGGUGGGACUUCGCUUUUUACACUGUAUGAACUGGAUGAGCCACUCUGCUGGAAUGAAGUAUACAUUGGAUAUGGAGCAGCAGCGUUCACUUCUGUCUCUCUGACGAGUUUUUUAGGAGUUUACUUAUUUUCUAAAUGUCUCAAAGACAUUUAUAUUGUCUUUAUUGGGAUAUUUUCUUACAUUGGAGGAAUGGUCAUGGCUGCCUUUGCCAAAACUACCCUGCUCAUGUUUUUAGUAAGAGUGCCAUCUUUGCUCUGCUUUAUGCCUAUUCCUGUUCUCCGAUCCAUGCUGUCAAAAGUGGUUCUCACUGGUGAACAGGGUGCUGUGUUUGCUUGUAUUGCCUGUUUAGAAGUUGUGACCGGCACUAUUUCACUUUCAGUUUUUAAUAUUCUCUAUGCAACUACUGUUGCGUGGUUCUCAGGUUUUAGCUUCCUCUUAUCAGCAGGCCUUUGUCUAAUCCCCCUGGCUGUCCUGUGCUGGCUUCUGUGCACAAGCUGGAAUGGGGAGGACUUGGCUCUGCUUGUACCUGAAGAAGUAUCCAGCAUAGAGAGCGUUGAUAGUUGAACAAAGGAUUCAUCUACCUGUUUUCUAAUCUGACAUGCAGUGGCAGAGACCAUUAUGUCAUACAGAGACCAGCGGUAACACAACAGUUGCAGAUGCAAUCUCAAAGUGGCCCUGCAGCAAUAAGCACUAAAUUGGUAGCGCUCUUUAUCCAGUCCCUUAGCACUUGAAU